UAAUUUUUAAUGACAGUUCGCUGUUGCAUUUACAUAAAUCAAUCCGCAAUAUGUUAGAAACAUCUGCCUAACAUUUGCCAAGUCCUACUUCGUCUGCAAAAAAAUAUAAAAGCUGUUAAAGAAUGUCUCCUUCACUUUCGCAGAAGUAAACGAAAGGUAACUUCAUACCCCCAAAUAUCUUGCUUAAGACACUAAAGAAGAAAGAGUUUGGUUUAACUUUGUCACGAGCAUCAACGAAGUCUUCAAAGGACAAUCUUAAAAUAAUUUAGAUUGUACUCUUGUGUUCUCAACGACUAUUUGUGACUGAAGAUGAGCAAUACAAGUUGCGAUCCAGAAUCCUCUUUAUCGUGGGACGUAGCUGAUUAUGAUCUUGCCAGAGUAGCAGUUAUAAGUUCAAUUAUUGUCGCAUCCAUGUCUCCUGUAACCGUAACCGGGAAUCUUCUUGUUGUGCUCGCCAUAUGGAGAAACGAGUCUUUAAGAAGCUCGACGUACUUCUUGGUCGGCGCUUUAUCGCUGGAGUACUUUGUAUCAGGGGUACUUUUUCAACCAUCAUAUUCUAUAAAGGAACUUGCCAUGGCGUUGAGACCAUCUCUGAUAAAGACAUCGGUCUUCUAUUAUUUGCACUUAACCCUCGGAGGCCUUGGAAUAUACACAACUGCUCUUACGACCUUAACUACAACACUGAUGGCAAUCGAAAGGUGUCUUUAUAUGACUAGGCGAAGAUGGGCGAAUUCCAGCCGCGUUUUCAAACUCUUUCUUGUGAUGUUACUCCUGCCCAUACCUCUAAAUGUCUUCCGUACGUUUCAAAUUUUGACCGGAUCCUUCUGCCUGGUGUCACAAAUAGCAAUAAUAUCCCUUGUAACACUUUGCUUUGUAGUAACUUCCUUAACUUAUCUUCAAGUUUAUCGAAGCAUUCGUCACCAUCAACAGCAAAUUCAAGCCAGCGUGACUUCGACGUGUACCCAAAGAGGGCCAUUCAUAAACAUGGCAAAGUACAAGAAAUCAGUCUUUACAAUUCUCCUUAUCUUGGCUUCCUUCUAUUUGAGUUAUUUGCCGUUCAUUGUCAACGUUUUUCUACUCUUGCUGUUCGGGCAAUCGUCGAGAUUGAUUGCUGCUUAUAAAGUGUCGGUUGUAUUGAUGUUCACAUUGUCCGCGAUCACCCCAAUCCUUUAUUGUUGGAGAAUCAGACAAAUUCGCGAAGGAGUGAGGCAGUUACUGUAUAAACUGCUCUGUAGGGACUAAAGAAAAUGACUGCACAUCAUGAAAUUUAAUGAAGAAUAAUUUGAAAAGAUCUCAGGCCGGAGCUCUUUAUAUCGUCCUCGCUCCAGCGGAAGCGGAAAAUUCGCGUGAACACUGCAAAGAAACGAGAAUGGAACCGGAAAUUCGAAACUUUAGGGAACUUAAGCAACGACGAUGGCGACGGGAACGAGAACAGCAAAAAAGGAACAGGUUAGAUUAGCACAACAACAACUUUGCACGUGCAUGCAUCACGCUUUUUUCUACAUUUUUUUGCCGUUGUUUCCCGAAUGCAGCGUGAGCUUCCCAGUUUCACGUUUUGUGAAGGACGUGAACACAGGAGAACAAUUUUCUUUUUCUAAACUUAAACACAGUCCUUCAGAAUCAACUCCAAAAAAAUUCGCCAACAUUUGACAAAUUGAAUAAAAUGGAAUAAAACGAAUGAAGUUUCAAAAAGCGCGAAUUCCCGUUUUUAAGUGACGUUUCGCUGCCAUUGCUUUCGUGGUUGCUUAAGCUCCC